CAAACUCUUGCAAAUCCAAUACCCAUUCAACUUUACGUUUCACAUCUUCGCAUUUAACAAAUCAAAAUCGGCACUUUUUCAUUUUUGUCCGAUAUUCAUAUUCCUUGCUUCUCCACAGCUUUUACUUCAAUCUAACAUUUCUUCUUUAUUAGACAUUUAAUUCGAACUAGUAAAUAAUCUUCUGUCAUUAGGGUCUAUUGUGAACCAAAUAUAGAAGUGUUCAAAUUUCUUUUCCAACCCUUGUCUGAAUCCUUCAAAACUGCUUUUAGCUUCAAGAAGAAAAAAAGGGCUAGUUUCAAGUGAUGGGCUUUGUAGUGAUGAAGAUGGUGGGAUUUUGAGGGUGGCUGCAGCUGAGGAAAAAUAAAUAAAUAAGUACUGUUUGAAAAUUGGAGAAAGAAGGGAUUUUCCUUCGUGUGUGGUGUUGAAAAGAUUUUGUGGGUUUUGACGCAAUGUUUUGUUGUGUGAAGGGUUCAGAUCGGAAAAAACAAGGGAAAAAGGAGACAACUUGGAGGAUUUUCUCUCUGAAAGAAUUGCAAUUGGCUACAAAUAAUUUCAACUAUGAUAACAAGCUUGGAGAAGGUGGGUUUGGAAGUGUUUACUGGGGCCAGCUCUGGGAUGGUUCUCAAAUAGCAGUAAAAAGGCUAAAAUCAUGGAGUAACAAAGCAGAGGUGGAGUUUUCUGUUGAAGUCGAGAUUCUUGCUCGUGUGCGGCAUAAGAAUCUACUAACUUUACGUGGCUAUUGUUCGGAAGGUCAAGAACGUCUUAUUGUCUAUGAUUACAUGACUAAUCUGAGCUUAACCUCUCAUCUUCACGGGCAGCAUUCGGCCGAGUGUCAUCUCGACUGGGCCAGAAGGCUGGAAAUUGCUAUUGGGGCUGCCGAGGGCAUUGCCUACCUACACCACCAUGCAACCCCUCACAUCAUCCACCGAGACAUCAAGGCCAGCAACAUCCUCCUCGACUCAGAUUUCAAAGCCCAAGUGGCCGAUUUUGGGUUCGCAAGGCUUGUGCCAGAUGGCGCAACUCACGUGACCACCAAUAUCAAAGGCACACUUGGCUACCUCGCUCCUGAGUACGCAAUGCUUGGCAAGGCCUCCGAGGCUUGCGAUGUCUACAGUUUUGGAAUACUCUUGCUCGAGCUUGUUACGGGCCGCAAGCCCCUAGAGAAGUUGGGCCCUUCUUCUCACAGGCGGCCCAUCACCGAAUGGGCCCUGCCGUUGGCCCGCGAGAGGAAGUUUGAUGAGCUGGCGGACCCAAAGCUGAGUGGGAUGUAUUCGGAGGAAGAAUUGAAGAGGGUUGUUUUGAUCGGGCUUGUGUGCGCACACAGCCAGCCCGAGAAGAGGCCCAUUAUGCUCGAGGUGAUGGAGCUCUUGAGAGGGGAGAAUAAGGAGAGGUUCCGUGUUUUGGAAAGUCAUGAGAUGUUUGAGCGAGGCGGGGAAUCUGUGGAGGAUAUUGGCGUGAAGGAGCCAAAGCAAGAAGAAGAGCAAGAAAAUCAAGAAAUUGUUGUCAAGAAGCUUCAAUACCAAAAGCUCCCAGAACAUCUCGUUAACCUCUCUGUUCUAAAAUUGGAUGGCUCUUGUUUCAGUGUUCACAUAGCCAGAAAUGCUACCGUGUCUAUGCUGAAAUCAGCUGUUGAGGAGGAAUUUUGUGUUUCUUUCAAGGAUGAAAACAAAAAAUUAUGGUCUGUUGUGUGGAGCCACUUUUGUUUGUGUCACAAUGGUCGAAAUAUCAUUAGCGACCGAGCUUGCAUUCAGAAGUAUGGUAUCAAAGAUGGUGAUCAGCUUUACUUCAUCCAGAAUAUGAGAAUCGACCUUGCUCCAAAUACUCCAAAGCAAUUCAAGAACAAACGUGGACAAGUGAAACAAUGUCGUCGUGGGAUAGAGACACAUCAUCGAAUUACCACUGAUGUUCGAAAUCAUUGUCUGAAGGGGUUACUGUCAUGUUCAAGAUUUCAACGUCCGAAAGGAAAUGCAUUGGAAUAUUAUUCGAGAGGACUAUCGUACGAAGACUAAAAAGUCCAACACUAGUUAUUAUAGUAUUGAAAUAGCUGGAUGGUUCUGAUUUUUAGGAGUUAUGAUAUGAGCUAAGUAGGGAAUUUUAUGUAAUGUGAGCAAGCAAGAAAAAACAGGAGUUUUUCUGGGGAUUAUGUUAUUGGUUAAGCUCAAAGUAAGGUUGUGAAAUGCUUGUCCUAUAAUUGAAUUAUUGAAGUGAAUGUUUAAUUUAAGGUCGUAUUUAUUUUGAAUUUUUAAGAACUUUU